AGAUAAGAUCUUAUUUAGAAGCUUAGCAAUACAGUCUGCACUAUUCUCUAGCAGAUCUUCCUAGAAGAUGUUGCAAAAUAAUGUUCCAGGGAACAUGACUACUUUCUACUUAAAAUGCCUUCAUGCUAUUAUUAUCUGACAUAAUGGACCUUAAAUCUUUUAGAUCAGCAAUCAUGCUUGUUGGACAUUAAAUCUUGGAAGACCUACAUAGUUUAUUAAUAUUUUACCACUAAAGCAGCUUUUAGACAAAGCACAUUCCUAACAAGAUGUAUAAAUAAAAUAAAUGCAAAGACAAACAAACAUAACAAAAACUCCAUGAUUUGAGGUUCAAAAUGUCUUCGCUUAGGAAAUGGGAACAGCCAUGGACUUUAUAUUUCCAUUGCCUAAGUUGGUAAUCACUGAUGGGCAAUAGUAGUUUAGCUAGUAUGAAAAAAAGAGGCCACAAGAAGUCCUGGUUUUACAUAUGUAUUUGGUCAUGAGGAAGGGGGAGACCGAGGGCAAACGUGAGCACUGUCUGGCUGUAUUGCAGCUGCUGCUCUGCCCCAGUUCUGUAUAAUCAGCUCAGUGGCUGACCUAUUCUCUGCCGUCUGCAGCCUAGCAUCGGGAUGAACUUAGGAUCCAGCUGUGUCUGUGCUGAAUUAUUUUUUUGUCAGUUGGUAUAUUCUGGGAUCCCACUGGUUCAACUGCCUCUAAACAUUUCAGUGAUGGUUCACAUCUCAUGAGGAUUAAGUACAUGCUCAAAUAGAAAAUAAAAUGCAGCGGUUGCCAGAGGCACGGGAGGGUAUAGGAGUAUUUGCCAAACACAAAUCAGCAGCAGAAUGAUGAUGAACAGCUUGACGUUUGUGCACGUUACACAUGUAUCAGUCUUACAAAAUUUCUCAAUCUGUUUCAUCAGUUUUGUUCCGCUCAACCUCCUUACACAUUCAUUCUAUGAUUGAGGAAUUUAACACAAAUGUUAAGUGAUCAAAAUGAAUUUUUUCUGAAAAUGAAAUUAUUCUUCAAAGGACUUUCAAAGAUUUGCUAUCUUGCCUGAGCACACAUAUAUAUGUGUAUACAUGUUUCAGUUGUCAGGAUACUCCAGAGCCUCCAAAACAAACAAACAAAAAAGCUCUCUAAUAAAAGAUUAGCUAAAAUCCUACAAGGCCCUGCUCUUCAAAGGCUAAUAGAAAAGAACAUUCAGGCAACUCGAGGUGUGGAAUGUUUAACUGAAGAACUAACACGGUUUUUGUCACGCCCUAACGUGAAACACAGAUAUGGGGAUUACCCCGAGGCCAGCCGCGGUCACUCGCAGUGCUCCGAUUACAAAUCGGAGCCCUCGGUUCCUGACCCUGCGCUGAUUCCCGGGGCUGCAACCGCUGUCCCUUCAGCACCACUCGAACAGAUCGCGGCCUCGAGGCAACCAGCAGCUCGACACACUUCUUGUCCUGUUGCAAACACACUCGGUGCUGCAGAAACUCAGGAAGUGCAAAUUGCCUCUUUUUUGUUGUUAUUUAUUUUUUUUACUUUUUCAAGUGAAGUGACAGCGAUCUCCUCGCUUCUCUCGGCCAUUUGCCAUGUGCCUGCAAAUCCUCUGCGUUUCAUUAAACCUUGCAGUGCACGGACACUAAUCACGGGAUUAUGACCGAUCAGGACUGAGGACUGGGGCCGCUGGCGGCUAGCUGACAGGCUCUGUCACGCGAGCUGCCAUUCCAUCCCCUCAACCUCCGCUAUUAGGGGCGCGCACGGCGCUCCCGCCCGCGCCUGCAGUGGUUCCUCCGGGACCACAGGCGGCGGUGCUGCACGAGCGACCGCGGACCGCGAUUGCGGCCGCCGCCUCCCAUCUGCCCAAGAUGAACCCGAGGCUGCGGCACUGGAGGGAAGCGGCUUCGGUGCUGCUGGCGGCGGGCAAGCCGGAGCGGCGAUCGCUGUCUCCGCUCGGGCCCUGUGACUACGAGGUGCUGUUUUUGCAGCGGAGUUCCCGCAGCGGCUUCAUGCCCAGCGCGCACGUUUUCCCGGGCGGCCUGGUGGAGGCGGCGGACUUCUCGGCCGAGUGGCUGCGGCUGCUGCCCGCUUCGCCGCGCUGCGGGCUGGGCGCCGUCCGGCCGCCGCCUCCGGGCAGCAGCCGCGCACCGCUCUUCGCCACCGACCGACAGCAGCUGGGCUCGCCGCUGCCGGGGGAGGUCGCCUUCCGAAUCUGCGCUAUCCGGGAGACCUUCGAGGAGGCGGGAAUACUCCUACUGGCUCCGGGCGGCGGGCCGCGGGAGGGAAACGGCCCGGCCCCGUCGCUGCCCGCCGAGCAAUCGCUCUCCGCCGCGGAGCUGGGCGAGUGGCGGCGCCGGGUGCAGGAGGACCCCGCCUGCUUCCUGCAGCUCUGCCGGCACCUCGGCCGCGUCCCCAACAUCUGGGCGCUGCGGGAGUGGAGCAACUGGCUCACCCCGGUGGGCAGGGCCGGCCGCGGCGGGCGGCGCUACGACACCGCCUUCUACCUGUGCUGUCUGGAGACGCGGCCGCCGCACACCUCGCAGGACGACCAGGAGAUCACGGCCUUCCUGUGGUCAUCCCCCCCAGAAGCUAUUGAACGCUUUAAAUCUCAAGAAAUCUGGCUCGCUCCACCUCAGUUCUACGAAUUAUGUAGGCUGUGCAACUUCUCCUCACUGAAUGACUUACACAAGUUCAACUCUGAUCGAGCUCUAGAAGGAUGCGAACGCUGGCUGCCUGUGACAUUAACUGCUGCAGAUGGCUUCAUUCAGCUUUUACCAGGUGAUGAGUUAUAUCCAGAAGAUCCAGAUUAUACAGGUGAAAAGAAAAUAACUAUGUCAACAGAUAAGACGGUUGAAGAUCUCAUGAAAGAGGGCAGUAUAUUUCACAGGAUAGUAAUAAAAAAUACCAACAGUCUUGCUGUCUAUGUUAAUAUUCAAGCAAAAUAUAAACAUAUGAAUCCCUUGAUGAUAAACACUGAUAGUUCAAACUACAAUAGCAGAUUAUAAUGUAUUUGGUUUAAAGCUAGAAUAUGUUUGAUUACAUGCAUAUUCACUGUGUUUCUCAUCCUUUCUAACAGUUUCCAAGUAUUCAGGACAAUAGGCUUAAAUAUUCCUUACCAAAGCAUUUCAUGUGAUUGUAGGUUUUAGAUUUGUAUAUCUAAUCCUUUGAGUCUUUGAAAUUGCAUAGUUGUGCCAGUUAUGACCUUCAGAAGCUACUGAAAAUUUAACGCAAUCACCAAUUGAAUUACCUGCACAAACCUGAAAGUGAUUUGAUACCAAUUAUACUGAGCAAUUGCCAACAUAUUCUACUUACAUAUCAGUAGUGGUAUUCCAGCUGGUCUGUUGGGUCACGGAGGUCCUUUUCUCACUGAAAAUUAAGGUGUAUCAUAUGUUCAAAACAAGUAUGUUUUGAGUUGAAGAAUUAUUUUACUAUUCUAAAGUUGCGUGUUAGACAGCUGUAACAUAUGUCUAAAAAUGAAUGAAUCUCCUGUUCCAUUCCUAUUGACGUAUUUCAUAUUUUGGAAAAACUGUGUAUGUGAAUAUAUAUAGAUUUGUUAGCUAACGUUCAAUUUUUUACUGAGAGGGUGGUAGGGCACUGGCACAGCUGCCCAGAGAAACCCUGGGUGUCCCCUCCCUGGAGGUGCUCAAGCCUGAGCUGGUGGGAGCAGCCUUGCCCACGACAAGGGGCUGGAACGGAUGGGCUUUGAGGUCCCUUCCAACCCAAGCCUUUCUAUGAUUCUAUGAAAUAUUUAUUCCAAACAAUAUUUAUAUUUGAUAAAAUGAAAUAAUUUAUGUUAAUAGUAAUUUAUGCAAAACAUCACAGUUUUCAAAGGUAAUAAUUUAGGCAUAAACUAUCAGCUAUCAAAUGGAGUACAAGCAUUCUUUUUAUUCACUCUAACCUUUACCUUCAAGUUAAUAGUAAUUUUAAAAGAAAAAAUGAAUUUUCAGCUCCAGAAAGAUUUCAAAAACUUCAGGAAAGAAUGUACUGCCUUGGAAACAACUACUUCCACAUUUCAAUAUCCCUCACAGUGCUUCUUAACAUGUCUUUGAGAUUUAAAGACUUCAGAGGAAGGUCAGCUACUCUUUGAUCAUUUAUUUGUGGGCAGGGAGCAGUAAGUGGAGUAUACGGAGCUGUGAUGAGAUACCUUCUUCAUCUGGAAGAAGAAGGAUGACUUGCGAUUAGACAGUAAAGCUGUUCUGGAAGCUUUGUUUCAACUUUUGUUCUGUAUUUCAAUUAAAAUAAAAUUUUCUGCAGCAUUUUCAUUAUAUUGAAUUUGUUUGUAGCAUUCAUUUGGACUGGAAAAUUGUUCCUGUUUUUUUUCUCUUAUUGAACACGCUCAGAUGGUUCUAGGUUUAGAAGUCCCUUGCUACUGUGAAGCAUCCUUCUUCAUCAUAUUCUGGCUAACUCUUUAGAACAUGAAGAUCACAGGAAAAUUAGAAAAAUGGAGCGUGAAAGAAGCAAAGAAUGUAUCCUGUGUUACCCUCUGACAUGAUUUUCAGCUCUUGGAGAUUAACACCAGACACUGUAAUACUAGGUAGGUAAGAGGAAAAAAGCAUGCCUAUCAGUAUUUUUCUUAUGUCUGACACAAGUAUCUUGGCUUCAAAGUUAUUCCAUUCAGGGCUGUUUGAUGAACUACACUGAGAAGAUACGCUAUUGAUUGAGCUCUUUAUUUUUUUUCUUCCCAAAUUUUGUUGUGUGCUCCUUAUUUUGACCAGAUAGACAGAAAUGUAACUAAAUGAAUGUUAUUCUCUGUCAGAUUGACAGAGACAGAAAAACAUUUGCAGCAUGCCUAGCAGCAAUGGGAAACUGCUCUGUAGAUAAAGGCUUAAAAAUACCAUAUCUCUGUGAUAAUCGAUAAUAAAGAAGAUGUGUGAUCUGCACCUGCUUUCAUUUUUGCAAUGUGAUCUUUCACAUUUCAUGGGCUGGCUUUUUGAUCGUUACUUAUUGUUCUGUGCCUUGUGGUGGUUGUACCAGUUUAUUUUUGUGGUAGAAAAUGUGUCCUAGGAGAAAGUAUUUUUAGGAAAUAAAUGAUUCAGCUACGAAGUUAGACUUUUUUCAGAAAUUUUUAUGAAGCAGUAUGUUCCUAUAGGUUAUUUAAGUGUUGCUGCACGACAAAAAGUAGUGACUUCAACCUGCUUAAAUUCGUAGUCUGCCUCUCCAGAUUGUCUCCUGGAUCUUGUUUUUUUACACUGGUAAAAGUGAAAGGGUCCAGUAGGGGGAGCUUGAAGGCCAAGCAACAAUAAAAAUAACAGAAAAGAUACUAUUUUGCUUUAAAAAUGAAGAUAAGUGUCAAAUAGAAACAUCAAUGUUUUACAAUACGCAGACAGUAAGUAUCUUGUAGCAUUAAGUUAAAAACAAUGGUGGUUAGAGCAGAUUUGAAACACUGAGGCACUGUAAGAACAGACCGGAUUCCAGCUGCGUGCUUCACCUGCUGCCCUUGGGCAGGCACGUUGACCAGGCAGCCUUGCACAAAGACAUAUCAGAUGGCACAAAAAAAAAAAAAAAGCCUAGAUGGAAAGGUGAAUAUACAGUAAUGAAUAAUAAUAAUCAAAAGAGAUGUAGGUGUUUUCUCACAGAUUGUGAUCACAGAAUGGCCAGGGUUGGAAGGGACCUCAAGGAUCAUUUAUCUCCAACCCCCCUGCCACAUGCAGGGCACCGACCUCCGCAUUUAAUGAGGUGGUCAUCAUUUAGCGUCAUUUUCUGUUGGAACAGUCAUUUUCUGUUGGAGAUGCUCUUCAGCAUAGCUGAAUUCCAGGAGAGAAACAGCAGGUGCAAUCUCCUUCUGCCUCCACGAGUCUUUCAACACAUGCUGUGCUUCAGACUGAGAGACUCUGAGGGGAAAGGCAUACCGCAGAGGUCCUGGCCGUUAAAGACCCCGACUAUUACAGCCCCACACGGAGCACGGGCAGACCCCGCAGGACGAGCCCUGCCUGCCCCCUCCAGCCGCUCUCAGCUCUCCUUCUACAGCCCUUCCAAUCUCAACUUGAGGCACGGGCAGCGGCACACACAAGCAUUAUCCCUCCGAGCCCAAGCGCACGAUCAGGAAAAAGGCGAGAC